AAUCACCAUCUCGCUCGUUUAUACACGAACUUCCCUGUAAAUAGCAUCGUAUUUUUCGCGCUCGCGCUCGGGACGAGGUGAUGGAGACCGAGAGCUGCUUGUCUUUCUCUUCGCCUCCCAACAGGAUAACGCCGGACAAUUCACCGGGUUUGGAGCAUAAUUCAAGCUCUUUCUUUCAGUGCGACGACCUCCAAAAGUCUCCUCAUCUAGCUCUUGCGCAUCGGCAUGAGUUUUUUAUGGGACGCUACGCUGACGGCGGCUCCGCGGACUUUACGCACGGCGUCAGCAGCACAACUCCUCGCGCCUCGCCUGGAAAACACACUAAAUAUUUGGAGAAUAUAAACCAGGACCAAAAACUUUCUAUUACAGAGAAGAACUCGUCAUUUUAUGAGACUAAUUCCGAUGCAGGAGAUAAAACCCUCUCCAAGCCUCUUGGCUAUCCCGCUCUGGACUCAGAGUGUUGUGGAAAACUGAAAGAGGCGUCCAACGGCUUGACUGGGGACUCCAUUGCGGACUCUAUUGACCUAUCAGGCAAAAACAAGAAGAGGCGAAACCGGACGACUUUCAGCACCUUUCAACUGGAGGAGCUGGAAAAGGUCUUUCAGAAGACACAUUAUCCAGAUGUGUACGCAAGAGAACAGCUGGCACUGAGGACAGAGCUCACUGAGGCCAGAGUUCAGGUGUGGUUCCAAAACCGACGAGCCAAAUGGCGGAAAAGAGAGCGCUACGGAAAGAUGCAAGAGGUGCGAAACCACUUUGCUGCUACAUACGAUAUCUCCCUUCUCCCUCGCUCCGACACAUACCAGAUGCAGAACAGUUUAUGGCCGAGCGGUGCAGGAGCCACAGGCGCCGGCGGAGCAUCCAGUGCUUGUGUGCUGGGCACAGAGAACAUGCCCUCAUCCUGUAUGUCCCCUUACCCUCAUCCUCAUGGAAACUUACCUGGACUGAUGGGCAUGUCUGCAUCUCCUGGUCAUCAUCAUCACCACCACCAUCAUCACCAUCACCCGUCGCACCACCCCAGCAUUAAUGGUAUAUACUCGCUCCAUGGCUUCCCAGGAUCCCUUGGGGCCCACACUUUCGAGGCUGGUCCCGAGUCUGAAUAUAAGCCCUCAGGCCUGGUGGCCCUGCGCAUGAAAACCAAAGACCCCGGAAGCCUGUUAUCCUGGCCAACAUGACCGGACGAAUGCCACAAUUUCACUGAGCCAACAAACACUUAGCAUGUGUGCACAUACCGCCAUGCUAGUGUUAAGGGCCGUUCACAGCAAGAACGAUAACAAUAAAUAUAACGAUAACCAUGUUUGUGUUUACACUAGUAACCAUAAUGAUCUGUUUAUUUGAAGUUUGAGCACUGCAGUUUCAAAGCAAUGGUGUAGCCUCGUAAAGCCUCAAAAAUGUUAUUAUUUUUUUAUCAUUUUGCUAAAUCUGGGAUAUUGUUCUUUACUUAUGAGAUUUACAUUAUGAAAGACGCUUGGCCUUACAGCAUGUAUAUUUCGCAAAGAAAACAUGGAGGCUGUAAUAAUGAUAAUAUCAAUUAUUUUGAAUACAAUUUUAAAACACUUCAAAUAUAAAAUGAUAAUAAAAGUAAG